AUGCGAUAUAUUUCCUUCCGUUUGGAUGUUGUCAAGUACAGGCUCGAAAAUAUGCGGGAGUACGUGAACAGUUUAUCAAUAAAUUCGGAAUCUAUCAAAAGUCAAGAACUUUUAAGGAUUAUUCUUAUCAGUUGCACUGAGGACAUUGUGGAAAUUAAAUUUUUUACAAGGGAAUAUGAAUACGUCUCACGAAUAACUCUUUUCUUGGAAUCUUCAACAAUAAGUGCGUUGCUAUGCAUGCAGUUGUACAUUAUGUCCAAGGAUUUCUUUUCAGGGUAUGGAAUAUAUCAGUUUUGGUGUAUAGCCACUAUUGGAUUGCUUUGGCUUUAUUAUUGGCAUGCUGAAGAAAUUUCGCAAAAGAGUAAUGAAUUAACCAAUGCCUUGUACUCCUUCAAUUGGUACGAGGUACCACUUCCCCUGCAGAAAGAUAUAGCCUUAUUUAUGGGAACCUCAAUGAGACCAAUAACUAUGAAAAGCAGUUUUAUUAAUAUGAAAUUAAAUACAUUUUUCAUGGUUCGAAGUGCUUGGCUCAACUCGAAUGAUUUAAAUAGAUUGGGUCCUGUUUUAGGGGUCAGCAUAGUGUACAUCAACGUUUCUAUAAGGAUUAUUGCAUUUUAUGGCUACAAAGACAGAUAUAAUGAACUACUAACAAGUAUUCAAAUGGGAGUGAAACACGUUCUAGGAACAAGUCUGCCAAAGGAGAUUCAAAUAUACAAUCGCUACAUCAAAUAUAUCACCAGAAUGGACUAUAUCAUUGUAAUACCAUUUUCAUUGACGGUGCUCUCACUUUAUCUCGAAGGAAUAUAUUUUUUAGUAUACCAAUUAGACGACUGGAGGACGCAACACCAGGCUGAAAAUUCCACGGAAGGACUCCCCCGCAUAUUUUACUUAUAUUCUACAGGAAGUUUGAGCAAUAGUUUCUUUUUUACUUUCCUUUUGCCAUUCUACAUGUUAUUCGUUGGGGGGUGUUGCUUCUUUGCUUGGCCUACAUUUAAUGCAGCCCUGAUGCAGUACGUCUCUUUUCGGCUAGAUGUGCUGAAAUAUAAGCUCAAAAAUAUGUCAGAACAUGUGGAUAAUUUAUUGGAAAAGUCACAAUUCAUUCCUAAGGACAAAUUUACCCAAAAACAGCCGGAUCUCUUGAAGCACAUUCUCGUCAGUUGUGCCAUCGACUUGAGGGAGAUUAGACUUUUCACCAGCAAUUACGAAUAUGUUUCAAGUGUAGCUGUUUUCUUGGAGUCUUCGACAAUAAGUGCAUUACUAUGUGUCCAAUUAUAUAUCAUGUCAAAGGAUUUCUAUGCUGGGUAUGGACUUUAUCAAAUUUGGACGAUAGCUACCAUCGCAAUACUUUGGCUCUAUUAUUGGCAUUCCAACGAAAUAUCAUAUAAGAGCAACGGAAUAACGAAUGCCUUGUAUUCGUUCAACUGGUAUGAAAUGCCACUUUCUCUACAGAAGGAUUUUGCCGUAUUUAUGUUUGCAACAAUGAAGCCAAUUACUAUGAGGAGCGGAUUCAUCCACAUGAACACAAAUUCAUUUUUCAUGGAAUAUGUUGACAGUUUUCUGAAGAACUCACAACCUUUCGAAAAUCAGGAAUCUGCCCAGCACCGAGCUACCCAACAACGACCUGAACUUUUCAGAAAUAUUCUUGUCAAUUGCGUUGAGGACAUCGUGGAGAUUAAAUUCUUUACCAGGGAAUACGAAUACGUCUCCCGAAUAACUCUUUUCUUAGAAUCUUCAACAAUAAGUGGAUUGUUAUGCAUGCAAUUAUACAUUAUAUCCAAGAGUAAUGAAAUAACCAACGCCUUAUACUUCUUCAAUUGGUAUGAAGUGCCGCUUUCUCUGCAGAAAGAUAUAGCAAUAUUUAUGGCGGCGGCAAUGAGACCAAUAAUUAUUAAGAGCGGCUUUAUUAAUAUGAAUGUAAACACAUUUUUCAUGAUACUAAAAACUUCUUAUAGUUAUUUUACGUUGCUACAGAAUUUCGUGAAAUGA